CCAAGAUGUCUGCGCCCUGUGUUCAUGUGUGUCGCUGGCUGAAUAAGACGUUUGUGCUUGUGGUGUGAUGACAGGGACAGUCCAGAUACCCAGCAUGGACUUUCUGUGGCUUUUCGGCCUCUAUGUGUUUUUCCUCGUUCUUUGUGUUUCUGUCUUCUGCCUCUUGUCUGGAAGAUCCAGCAGCGGUCUGGACAGCGCCCUCCAGAGAGCAGAGCGGAUCAUUUCCCUUGUGUCCCCGACAUGGCUUCAGAGAUGCAUCAGCAGCUGCUUCCACACCAGGAGCGGGGCUUUUGUGUUCCUGCACCUGAUCCUGGAUAUGCUGGUGUUUGCGGAGUACAACUGGGAGGUUCUCGACUACAGUCUAGAGCUGGAGCUGAACUGGAUGUUGGUUUUCCUGCCGUAUGUUCUCAUAACGGGGAAUCUGUACUACUUCUACAAGUGCUGCACCACAGACCCAGGAAGAGUCACCGCACAGAAUGAGUCACUUUGUAUUGGGGUCUAUAAGUAUGAUGAGAUUAUGUUUCACCGCAGCAAUAAGUGUCCGACUUGUGACCUGAUGAAACCGGCACGAUCAAAGCAUUGCGGUGUCUGUGGCGGCUGUAUCCAGCGGUUUGACCAUCACUGUGUUUGGGUGAAUAACUGCAUUGGAGCCCUGAAUAUCAGAUACUUCUUACUAUACCUGCUGAGCUUGACUCUCACAGCCAUCUCCUUAGCUGCUGUGAUGACAGCCUUCCUCCUGCAGGUGGUGCUGCUCUCCCAUAUAAUGACUGCAGCCUACGUGGACAGCGAGGUACACGAAGAGAUUGCGAGCUUAGCUUACGUUAUACAGCCUCACCGACAUCUUUAUUUUACUUCCCCAGCACUUGUUCCUGACUUUUCCAAGGAUUGUCUUCACGCUGGGAUUCCUGCUCCUCCUGAUCCUGUUCUUAGGAGGGUACACCUGCUUCCUCUGGUAUCUAUCCAUCACUAACCGGACCACCAAUGAGUGGUAUAAAGCAAGGAGGAUCCCGCGCUCUCCUAAAGGGUUCUCAAGGGGGAUUGUGGGUAACCUGAAAGAAAUAUUCCAACCUUACACCCUCUACAAGAAGGAGAGAUGAGGGUUCUGGUUUGCGCACCACGGACUGCAAGAAGAGGUUGACCCACCUGUCUCCCAUGACGAAGAUGAGCCAGGUGGAACGGAUUUAUCACCUGAAUCUUAAUCUAGCAACAACUUUAAAAAGGUGGUUUCCAGGUUCUUUAUACCAUGAAUAGCCAAAAGGUGAAGGUCUGACACCCUGCACCCUUUGGCCAUGGGACAGGAAGCACAGCGCCGUUCAAAGUGUAGUGGCCGUUCUGGGUUACUGCACCUCACCUCUGAGUGAUCUUAAUGGGAGAUGCCCCAGUAACCCAGCGCGGCCACUACACUUUGAACGGCGCUGUGCUUCCUGUCCCAUUGACCGUGCUAGUCCCCGGGCCAAAGGGUGCCAUGUGUCAGACCUUCACCAAUGGAAUAUUAAAGGCAAUGUGGAGUCAGAAAAUUACCUAUUGUUUAAAUCAGGUUUUUUCGUUUAAAAUAGUUUUAAAGAAUUUUUGAUGAUUUUAAAUUUUCCAUGACUAUAUUUAAACAAAAACCAUAAAAUCCUGCAGUUUUGCCAACGGCCACUAAUCCUAAUGAUAGGCGCCACUUCUUGGUCUAUACAGAUCACUUUACUGCAGUUAUCUGCUUAUCUGUAAUGAUAUCACUAGGCUUGAGUGAACUUGAUUUGUUUAUAGAAAAUGCGCUCCUUACAGCAUUAAAAUGUAUUGGCUCUGCUGAGGCCUUGUUCUUCUCGCCACCGUGAGACUUGCUUAGUCUCGUGCCUGUGACGUUACAGUUCGGCUCUGCUCAUAAAUGGGGUUUGGGCCUCAGUUCGGUUUUGGAUUUUGAAACCGUAAUUUAUGCGCAGAACCAAACUGUAGUGUGACGUCACAAGACUAAGCAAAUCUCGCAUUACUUGUGGUGAGAAGAACAAGGCCUCCGUGGAGCCAAUACAUUUUAUUGCGGUACGGAGCGCCUAUUGCAAACAAAGUUUUCAAAUGAAUCUUCUUUUGGAUAGAGUAGUCCAAACCCGAUUCACUAAAGCCUAGAUAUCACCCCUGUGUACAGAUAAGACAGAAUCCACUAUUCACAAUAGGCGAUAUUACAGCUUAUCGAUUCCCUCCCUGUACAAUGACCUCUGACACAGGUCACAGAGCAUGCCUAAAAAAAAAAAAAAAAAACUCUACCAUAGACGUCACUGAGUUCCCCUCCGGUCCAUGGCCCCUGGGGCUGCCGUUAUGCAAUUUUCCUAAUGCUUUCUAAAUGCUGUUAUGAACAGCUCAGGAAAGAUGGCCGCCCCCAGAAUCAUGUUCAGGAAAUAGAAUAAAUAAAUCUGCAAUCAGAAAAUGGAAACCAAUUAGAAAAAAAAAAAAUGUUAUCUGGUUGUAACUGUCAGAUACAAUUUUGGGUGACAUUUCCUCUAAUGACCGAUUCUGGGGAUAGAUCCUCACUUUAAGGAGCCUGGAAACCCCCUUUAAAUAGAAGCAGUUUUUGUAGGCGCCCAAUCCUCAGAGAAUAAUGGGAACCUACUAACUGGAAGAAAGCAGAAGCAUGGUUUGCGGCGUUUCCUAAUUUACCGGAUAUGGCAGUAUUACACUGUUACAGAGUCUUGUAAUAAUUUCAGCAGCCACAAGAGGGCAGUCUGUGUAUGGCUUCAAUUGUUCUAAAUAGUAACAGUGUAGAGUUGUCCCCCUAGCAGUGGAAAUAGGCAUCAGAAUUUUUUUAUUUUAUUAUUUGCCUGAAGAACAGACCUCCAGCCAAGUGAUCUAGUCUUGGAAGUGAUCUAUAGUAUGCAUCCAUCAAACUGACACAAGGAAAAACUGAAAUCUAUUAAUCCACGACACCAGUAACCUUUUACAUAUGGAAAAUGUUUUUUUAUUUUAUUAUUUAGUAAAAUAAGUCAUUGUAAUUGAUUUGGUAUGUGAAGCAGAACAGAGCCCUGGAAUGGUUAAUGUAGUGAACUCGUUAGUUAACAGAUACAAGCGCUAUUGUUCCGUGUCUACGUGAAAGGCCGCGUUCCUUAGUGCUCAACGCAGGACAGCACAGGGGAAACCUUUUAGAAGAGGGUGACUGGCCUAGGUAUAGAGCAGGGGUGACCAACCUGUGGCUCUCCAGCUGUUGCAAAACUACAACUCCCAGCAUGCCCAGACUGCCUACAGCAGGGCAUGGUGGGAGUUGUAGAUUUACAACAGCUGGAGGGCCACAGGUUGGCCAGCCCUGGUAUAGAGGAUAGUUACAUGUAAUGGAGAUUUAACCCCUUCUACCACGGGCCAGUUUUCACCCUCCUGCCCAGGCAAUUUUUUUGCAAAUCUGAUAUGUCACUUUAUGUGGUAAUAACUUUGGAACGCUUUUACUUA